AUGGUGAGCAAAAAUCUGUCAAACCAAGAGAGGAAUCGAAUCGUCCAAUAUCGACUACAAAAUCUGAAAAACGGCAAGCCAAGAAGUGGAGCCAUGAAGGAGGCUGUCACCAUCUUCAAGUCCUCGAAGCGGACCGUCACUCGUCUUUGGGCUGCAGCCAAGAAACAACAAGACAAAGGUAAGCAAAUUUAUCUUACAAGUGCAAAACCAAAUGCACCUAGAAGGAACAGAGUUCAUGUAGACCUAGAGCUAAUACAAAGCUUAGAUCUACAAAAACGAUCGACAAUACGUAGGCUGACCGUGGGGAUCAAUCGAAGCAAAAACACAGUUUGGAGGUGGGUUAAUCAAAGGCUGAUCAGAGCCUACACAAGCGCAAUAAAGCCUGACUUGACAGCCCCAAAUAAAUUUCUUCGACUACAGUUUUCAUUAGAAGUAUUGGAGUUUGAUCGAAUCAUGAUGGCAUUAAAGUUUAAGGCCAUGAACAACACAGUGCAUAUUGACGAGAAAUGGUUCUACAUAACAAAGGCUGCACACAGGCCACAUUUUUCAUAUGAUGGUGAAUUUAUUUUUGAUGGGAAGAUUGGUAUCUUCCCAUUCAUACAGAAGAUGCUGUCAGCUAUUAGGGCCAAGUGGCCUCAAAAUGCAAGCAAAGUCAUAUACAUUCAGCAGGAUAAUGCCAUACUGCAUAUACAUGACUCAGACCCUGAUUUUAGGGCUGCUGCCACUUUGGAUGAGUUUGAUAUUAGAAUAGUUCAUCAACCCCCAAAUUCACCCGACAUAAAUGUGAAUGACUUGGGAUGGUUUCGAGCUAUUCAAAGCAGUCGAGGAAUCAUAUGCACAGCUCUCUCCCACACUCUCAACAAGGUUUUUUUGAGUUUACAAGCUUGUAUGGUGGAAAUCAUGAAGCAAAGAGGGCACAAUGCAUACAAGAUCCCACAUUUGAAAAAUGAUGCACUUAUGAGGGCUAAUGAGCUGCCUACAAACUUACAUGUUCCACUAGAGUUAGUGGAAGAGUGCUUCACAUAUAUGAAUGAGAAUGCACCAAUGCAUGAAGUUGAAGGGUUGAUGGCUAAGAUGGGAUACCCACACGAAGCAGGAAUCCUAAAUCAGUUUGGACAGUUAGGAUUUGGUUGUGGAGUUUUGUAA